UCCGAACGUUGUUUCCCUAGCCAUCGAUCGUAUCCCUGAUGCUGUAUAUUCCUCGCAGAUGUGUGUUUUCAUUCGCGUCUAAAACACGCGACGUCGAGACGGAUAUAGGCUAGGUGUGGAAAAAUUGAUUUUUCCUUGUGUGGAAAACUGAUCAGUAGUAAAUCGUUUGAUUGCGAUUUUCAGCUACGAGUUUGUUUUGUUUUGCACAAAUCGUCGAUCCAAGGAAAGGAUUCUGUUGAUUACAGCCUGAGCAGAAAUGGAUGCAUUAAUGGAUGAGGUCGAGUCGCUCGAGGCAAUCCUGAUGGAGGAUGUUUUUGUUACCAGGAAUGACGGUGGUUUUCCGGAACUGAUCGAGACGACCGUAUUUCCAACGGUGGGAGAGGAGUUGGACAGCCAGUAUGUGUGUAUCACGCUACAGGUGCUGCCCCCCGUUGGAUAUCCUGAUCUGAAACCUAACAUUAAGUUGAAAAAUCCACGCGGGUUGGACGAUCACAGCAUCAACGCUAUCGAAGCGGCCGUGAGGCAAAAAUUGGAAGAAUCACUCGGUCAACCGGUGGUGUUCGAUCUGAUUGACAUCAUCCGGGAGCAUCUGACGGAGAGCAAUCUUCCGUCGGGCCAGUGUGUUAUUUGUUUGUAUGGCUUCCAGGAGGGUGAUGAUUUCACGAAAACUGUCUGCUAUCACUACUUGCACAGUCAUUGCUUGGUUUGUCAUCUGAGGGCUUCGAAGCGAAACUAUGAGGAGGAGUUGAGUAAAAUGCCCGUUUGGAAGCAGAAGGAAGCAAAGCCCUAUCAGGCACUGUGUCCGGUUUGCAGGGAACCGAUCGACGUCGAUAUUGAACCGUUGAUGAGAUGCAAACCACCUAGCGAGCUUGUGAAUGCUCCCAAAUUUCGGUUGACCGAUGAGCUGAAGUCGUUGCAAGCACAAAUGACUCGUCUGUAUCUGCACCAAAAAAGUCGCGGAGGGAUCAUUGAUUUGAAUGCAGAGGAAGGAAAUGUUAUUGCGAUUGAAACCGAAAAUGCCAAUAGUGAGUCUCCAAAGAGCACAAAUGAUACCGUUCAGGACGGUAACGUACCGGAUACUGCCAAUGUUUCGGUACAGCAAAUGCAUAAACAGAACAGUGCAUCUUCGUUGAACUCGCACCAUCACGAUCGUGGUAGUAAUUCACGUCAUUCCGGUGCAGGUCCCGGUGGCAGUAGAAACUUUCAUCCGAAUCAUAAUCGCUCGGUACGUCCCCAAAACGGUGCUACCGGAGGAGCGAACGUGAGCGGCGACGCUGGCGUCGCUGAUGCUUCACAACCACAACAGCAGCAUCAUCGUGGAGGGCAUCGUCAUCGGCGUGGUAAUAGCCACCACCACCACCACCAUCAUCACCAUCAUCACAGAGGUUCAGGUGGCGGAUCGAAUGCUACUACGUCCCAGAAAAACUUGAACAAUCCUUGCAGCUCCGGUGCUAGGUGACAAUUGUUACCCCCGGAACACGAACGCUGGAAUGGGAUGCAGUUCAACGCAUUGGGCACCGAGCUGCUGCAGAUAUUCCCAAUUAAUAAUCAAUUGAACAGGGGACACACUAAACAUGACCCUGUACAUCAGUAUCAACUAUUGCAGCAAACUCGCAAUCUGCUGGACGACACUUCAACAGAUAAAAAUCUACUGUUAAUAUAACAUUUCGCCCAAGGUAAGCUUGAACCAGCACCACAUGCGGACCCUCUUGGGUUCCGGAAUUAUAACGUUGAAAGUUCUAUCACCCCAACACUACUACUCAUUGAAACUACUACUAGUACUAUUACCCAAAGCAGUGACGAUAUUUGUAGUGAUUGUAAUUGUCAAUGGAUUGGUACUCAUGCCAAUAGCACUAGCGUAAAUCGAUGUAAUACUGUAGCUAUUAUCAGUGCCAAUAGCAACGCACUCAAACCCCCCUCACGACUGAUUAGAAUAUCAUCAUUUUUUUCGAGCGUGCCAACUGUUGCGGCCAAAGAGGAAAAACUGCUGCGGGUGCCACUGUUGGCACUGCUAGGGUUUUUAGUUAGUUCGAAUCGCAAGAAGGCGCUGGAUGAUUUGUGGGAGUGUUCACCCGAACCACAGUUCGCCGGUUCUAGCUGCAGUGUUCCUCUAUUGGACCUUUUCGUGUGAACUGAUUUGUGAUUUUUUAAACUUAUGUAGAUUUGAAAGAUUUUAGGGUUUAUUCUAAUUGGAUAGUGUUGAAGGAAAGGGCGCUGACUACGAGAGAAUGGCGAUAGCCAGUGACAUUAAAAACAUUCGCCGGAAUUUGCUCGUUUAUGUUCAUGGUAUCGGAACUUACAAUGGCAACUCACAUAAAUGCAAAAAUGUUGCAUCUCUUGGUUCGAAAAACAUUAUUUGAGUCUUCUAUUAGUCUUAACUUCUCGAUUAUCGAGAAGCUUGAUAUAUUUUUAUUAAUUUUAUGAGGAACUAACCAAAGAACUCUCUCGGAUUAUAAUGAGCCACUGUACGCUAUCGCCUUAGUGGCAGUGUUACCACACGUACAGAUUUCGUACGGUACAGAUUACAGAUUUUUGUACAAAGCGACUGUCCACAUACCACGUGGAUAACUUUAGAGGAAGUAGGGGUUACGAGAAUAUCCACGCUUGUUCAUGGAGAGGGGAGAGGGGGCUUAGAAAAUGUCUAUGUGGACACGUUAAAUGAAUAUUGAAAAAAAAACAAUUACUUCUGUAUUCAAAAAUACGUGAAAUCUUUUCUGCAUUUCCAAGAAAAGCCAUAUUUAUCAAUAAAAGAUUUGAACUGUCGAUCAUCCAUAUUGGUUCUGAUUCUUGAAUACACUUUUAGAUAAGUUUUAGUGGGAAACUAAUUUCGUAUCCAGGAGCGUGUUCGGAUUUCAUGGUGUGUAAUGAUGAUGAUGAUGUUUUGAAUCAUAGAGACUUUCUCAGACUCUCAGAUUUUCUCAGUCUAAUGAACUGAGGCUAAUGACCUCUAGUUUUAUAAAAGGAGAAUUCGGAAAACUAAACUAAACACUCGGCCUUGAGGAAGGUCAAAGUGCAGUGCCAUUCAAGCCGGAUGUGGAAAAGGCAUUUUCAGCGGUGAGAGCUGCGUUCUUCGGUGGAAAAGUGAAAGUAAAAGUUGUUCCGCAGCUGUUGCUGUAGACGCUGCCACCCUGCCAUGAACCCGAUUCGUUUCAGAUUUUCCGUUGCCGUUCUGAGUGUUCUUUGAAGCGUUGGAAAUUUAUUGGCCCUUGUCAAUGCUAUCAAAUGUUUGUACUAAACUGUUUCAUUCUUGAACACUACGAUCGAUUCUUGUGCGUUACCCUUCUAUGACACUAUGACUAGCACGUGUUUGUGGCCCUUCUGAAAAAAGGUUGAGUAUCACUGAUCUAAAUCGACAAAGCAACGAUACAAUGAUCGUAAUGUUGCAUUCUAAAUAUUCGAUCAAACAGCAUAGGAAAGAUCGAAUCUUUUCAUAACUGAUGCAGUCAAGGUUAUCAAGAGUGUGUAUAUCAAUCAUCAAAGAUUUUGAUUUUCAUCGAUGGUGUAUUGGAUCAUAAUGUAUACUUGAACAUUCUAAAGAAAAACAUGUAGCAAGGUGUGAACAAAAUGAGAUUAAAUCAAGGCUUCAAGUUUUACCAAGACAAUAACCCUAAGCACAAGUCACAUAUAGUUCGCACAUGGUUACAUUAUAAUUACAAAAAAGUUAUUGACACUUUUCCCCAAUCUCCCAGCAUCAAUCCCAGUUCUUCUUUCUUCUUUCUUUGUUUUUAAGAGGCUUUAAACUUUGCAGUUCAUUCGCCUCUAAUCCCAGUUAAAAAAUAUGGCAGUUAUCUGUGUAUGAAAUUUGGAAACCAUCCAAUUUCUAAAAAUUACGAUUUUAAGAACGACUUGAUCAAAAAAUGGAUGAAUUUUCCUUCCGAAUACACCUGAAAAGUCGUAGAUAACGGCUAAAGACAGCUAAAGAUAGUUGCAAUGAACAAGGGAUAUUAUACUAAUGAUGGAAUCCUGAAAUUGCCUUAUGAAUCGAGUUGAAACUUCAACCAGAGUACGAUUAUGAGUUUGAAUCAAUUUUCAUACAUUUGCACAUACAUUCGCAAUUCUUAGAGAAAUGAAAGGAAGGAAGGAAGGUAUUGAAUUAGAGAGACUUUAAACUCUGAGAGUUCAUUCGUCUCUAGAAAUGAAAAUCAUUAUUCUGAAAACAGAUAGCAAACCUUUUAACCCUCAUAUGACACUAUGACUUCACCUAAAAAGAAUGUUCCGAAAUCUUGUUUUCGACUUCCAAAAGAAGGGAAAAAAGAGCAGCAUGGUGGAGUACGACUACGAGUUUGUAUCACAAUUUCUUGCAGAAUACUGACCGCCCUCAAAGAUUCAAUAACAUAGCCUCUGUUGCUUUUUUGGAGUAUAUUUUGCUCUAGAUCAGCAGAUUGAAUUGUUUGUUCUAGGCUGACAACCCUGAAUUCCCAAUGCUACGUGAAUAGCUGAAAGAGUUUUUUUCCUAACCAUUUUCACUAAUAUCGGUGAAGAAUUUUACGUUGUUUGAAUCUCCAAUGCUGCCAAAUUUGAAGAUAUUUUGAAAAAUGGCAAUGAUAUUUAUGUUGGGAUGGCAACAGAAAAACUAUCAGAACAAUGGAUGUCGAAGGCAGAUAAUUUUUGAGGAUAUUUGUAGCAGUUUUUGGUGGAGCUAAUCAAGCGAAUGAGGAAAAGAUUCGAUUUUAAUUAUGCGACGCUCAACGCGGCUGUUUCUUACGAUCCCACUAUGCCUCACUCCUCGGCAUACGUCGAGCGAUUUAUUUUUCUGAAUAUAAUCAAAACAAGAAUAAACUUGAAAAUCGGUUUACCAACGAUACGAGGGAAACAAUUCAAAGGAUUCGAAAAGACCACGAUGUUCGAUGAUAGCUCGAGAAUUUAAUUGAAUGAUAGUAUGGAAUGUACUAUCAUUCAAUAAAAAAUAUAAGCAAAACAUAAGCAUAAUAAAUAAAUAUAAGAUUGCAAAUGUGAAUGUAAAUUUACAGCAAAUGUAGCAUUUGUAGUCAGUAAAUGUAAUAUUUUGCAAAUAUAUGCAUAUAAAAUAGAAUUUUCUCUGCAAUGAAUGUUUUCGAUGGUAAGAUUUUUGGAUCAAAAAGUACAUUUGAAAAAGAUUUUUACCCCUUCCGGUACAGAUGAAAAUGUGGCAACACUGCUCAGUGGUGGAAUUGGUGAUAUGGGCGCAAAUAAUGUGAUGUUAUUUCUAAGCCAGCAAGUUAGUUGUUUCAUCAAUGUGUGUCUAGUGUUUGUAUUCAGUUGUAAUAGUUUAUUUUCUAUUUUUAUUUGAAAAACUUUAAAAGUAGCAUCGAAACGAAUGAUAUUCUAAUUCUUCGAUUCCGCGAAAUAUGAAUUGAAAAGUAUAAACAAAAACUAAUCAAUAUGAUACACUAACGUUUACAGUUAAAAUUCAUUAAAAUAAUAGAUACUCUAAUACCAGUAGGGAGUAACAGCAGAACAUCUGUAACAUUCCUAGCCCUAGAAAGUUGCGAAUCCCACUUAAAUGUGUGAUUGUAGUAAAAAUGUGUUCCUCUCGUUUUAUUUGUCAAAAACACGUAAAAACAUCUUUUCUCAAAUGUUAUUGCAAUUGAUUUCUUGGUUUGGAUGUUUUCAAUUUAAAAAAAAACAACAUGAUAAACAAAAUUUAUAUCCAAUUUUAGACGCUUCAAGAGUGUGUCAAUAUCAUCACAAAUAACAUGAAUAACUUAUUGGGAAAAAUCUAUGAGAACAUAACACACGAAAUGGUGAAUACGAGCAACCAUUAUGAACAUAUUAUCAGACAAAUAUUGUAGAGAAAUUUUUUAACGAUUCCGACUUUGAAAAAAAAAACAAAUUUCAACAUUACAUACAAUUCAAUCUACAUGAUCAGAAUUAUUAUAAUGGAACAAACCAAAUUUGGUAAACUUGAACGCAGGUAACUCAGAUAUAAUAAUCCAAUUUCAAUGUAAUUUCAAUGAAAUGAGAAAAAAAGGGAUGCUGCAAAUAAAAAAUUGCGUAUCGAGGCCAUGAA